UGCACGACGUCCUGGACGUUAUUAUCGGGUAAGGCGGACGACAACAGCUGCUUACCAUUUAGGACACCUACAGAACUUUUUUUUUGUUCCUGCCCAGUGUUCUGUCGUCGAGGCUAGUGCGCAUGCGCAGAAACGGGGAACGCGAGGAGCGAAAAGGAGGAGGGAGGAUGUAGACGCGCCGUGCACCGCUGGAAGAAGGAGGAGGAGAAGGAGAAGAAGAAGAAGAGGAGGAAGAAGAAGAGGCUGAAGGCCGGGCCGUGAGGCGUCCUUCUCGCGUCCACAUCUGGAUUAACUAUUUGGAUUUUUUAAAAAUCAACGCUCGAGUUUUGGGUGCUCGACUAUGUGUCCUCUCAAAUGGGUUCCAACAACGGAAAACUGUAUGGAAGCGAGGGCAAAGGGAGCUCCAGCAUCUCGUCUGACAUAAGUUCCAGCACCGAUCACACGCCCACCAAAGCUCCCAAGAAUGCGACUCCCAGCGAAGGUUUGGACUCCAGCACGAGGACUCUGAGCACACCCAGUCCGGGCCUCAAGUCGUCGUCUCUGUCCUCCCCGGCGCUGUCCAGCAACGGCCAUGACACCAACUCCACCUCGUCGUCCUCGUCGGCCGCCGCUUCAGAGACGGUGGCCGUGGUCCACCCUCAGCCGGGCGCCCGCACCCACGCCCGCGUCUCCAGGGGCCACUCCCCCGCCGAGCUCCUCCCCGACGGCGUCCUGCUGCAGAUCUUUUCGCACCUUCCCACCAACCAGCUGUGCCGCUGCGCCCGCGUGUGCCGCCGCUGGUACAACCUGGCGUGGGACCCGCGGCUGUGGCGCAGCGUGCGGCUCGCCGGCGAGCUGCUGCACGCCGACCGCGCCGUGCGGGUGCUGACCCACCGGCUGUGCCAGGACACGCCCAACGUGUGCCUCACCCUGGAGACGGUGGUGGUGAGCGGCUGCAAGCGGCUCACCGACCGCGGGCUGCACGUGCUGGCCCAGUGCUGCCCCGAACUGCGCCGCCUGGAAGUGGCCGGCUGCUACAACGUCUCCAACGAGGCCGUGUUCGAAGUGGUGUCGCAGUGCCCCAACUUGGAGCACCUCGACCUCUCAGGCUGCUCCAAGGUGACAUGCAUCAGCCUCACAGAGGAGGCGUCGCUGCAGCUGUCCCCACUGCACGGCCAGCAGAUUUCCAUCCACUACCUGGACAUGACCGACUGCUUCUGCCUGGAGGACGAAGGCCUGCGCAUCAUCGCCACACACUGCCCCCGCCUGACGCACCUCUACCUGCGGCGCUGCACGCGGCUGAGCGACGAGGCGCUCCGCCACCUGGCCCUGCACUGCCCGUCCAUCCGAGAGCUCAGCCUGAGCGACUGCCGCCUGGUGGGCGACUUCGGACUGCGCGAGGUGGCCCGCUUGGAGGGCUGCCUGCGCUACCUGAGCGUGGCCCACUGCGCGCGCAUCACUGACGUGGGGGUGCGCUACGUGGCGCGCUACUGCCCCAAGCUGCGUUACCUGAACGCCCGCGGUUGCGAGGGGCUAACGGACCACGGGCUGGGGCAUUUGGCGCGCAGCUGCCCCAAACUCAAAUCCCUGGACGUCGGCAAGUGCCCGCUGGUGUCGGACGCCGGGUUGGAGCAACUCGCCCUGUACUGUGGCGGUCUGCGCCGCGUCAGCCUGCGGGCGUGCGAGAGCGUGACGGGGCGCGGCCUGCAGGCACUGGCCGCCAACUGCUGCCAGCUGCAGCUGCUCAACGUGCAGGAGUGCGAGGUGUCGCCGGAGGCGCUGCGCUUCGUGCGACGCCACUGCCGUAAAUGCGUCAUUGAGCACACCAAUCCCGCCUUCUAUUGACAAACUCCUGCUACGUGACUGAACGCAGCCUCGCAGAAUGUAUUUAACAUAUUUAUCUGUACAAAAGAGAAGCAAGUGGUGCCUUGAGAUAUGAGUGACCUAUUGUCAUUUUUUUUUUUUGUGCUUGGACUUCAGGCGUAAACUUGACAGACUUGUUAAACCCAACAUUUUGUGUGCACGUUAUACCUAUUGUGUGGUCACUGCAAUUUCAUUUUUUCCCACUCGUGUCCAGUAAGGGUGUCCCUUGUGUCUACACUUCAGGGGCCACCUUGUUCAUAAACAUCACAUUUGUGCAACAGCUUACUAUAGGACACUUUUGUAAAUUAUUCUGUUUUGGAAUGAGCAUCCUUCGAAAUCCAACGGGACUAUUUAUGGUGCAAAAAAAAAAAGCGCUCCUGUACAGUACACUUAAUACAAUCACCGUGCUUGUGACAAUCAUCACGCAAUUAAAGGACUAUCACAUUGAAGUACACAAACACUUUGCUGCUCAAAUUGUGCCAAUAAAGUCCAUGAAUGCUUUGGUAAGCAGUUUGUUUCAUAGCAGUCCAUCUAGUAACAUUCCCCUUAAUUUUACAAGCGUCUGAGCAUACACACAAACCCUUGAGAAUUCUGUGGACCACUGUGAGUAGCACCAGUAUCACACUUGUAUGCUUUGUCUCGAAAAAUAUAAUUGCACCGCUUUUAUAGUCAGAGUGCCAACAGAAAAUAGUGGAAAUUUCCUACUAUUCAGAAUCUAAGCAUGUAAUGACGAAUGCCCAUUUUACCUUAUUUUUCCUGGCCGUCCUCACUUCUCCAAGUGGUUAGACACUUUGUCCAUCCGGAUUGGUGGUUCCGUCUGCUUCUUUCUUGGACUUUAAUCCACAUCGGACGCUCCAAAUGUACCACUUCAAAAUGAUGUCCGGGUGCCGCUUUGAGUCAUUUCUUUAACACUGAAAGCGUUUUCACAAUUCGCUCUGGCUGCUUUAAAUGGAUAGCACAAAUAUCCACAAGAUGUUAGACGUCCCUUUAGUUCCUCAGAAACACGUGUUGUCAUUUGACAGAAAAAAAGAUUCUCUCAGUUUGACGUCACUUUCGUCGAUUCGCACAUACGUACUCCUACAACCAUUCCAUUAAA